AUGGUGAUGGUUGCUUUUCUACUAUGGGUCAUCUUGGCGCGAGGCGUUGCUGCUUCUUGCAAUCCAAAUAAAGCAGAUGCCAUUUUGGUAUAUUGUUAUCCCAAAACCAUAAUUACUAAAAUCCCUGAAUGUCCUUAUGGAUGGGAAGUUAAUCAGCUGGCUCUUGGUGGUGUUUGCUACAAUGGGGUCCAUGAUUCAGGAUAUUACCAGUUUACAAUCCCAGAUUUGUCACCCAAAAAUAAGUCAUACUGUGGAACCCAAUCAGAUUUUAAAAGUUCCAUCUAUCAUUUCUAUAACUCCAUCACCUCCAAUGACAGCUCAGUGAUUGUGAAGAGUCAGCCUGUGAAUUAUUCAUUUACAUGCACAUACCAUGCAAACUAUUUGGUGAACCACGCUGCCUUUGACCAAAGAGUGGCAACAGUUCAUGUGAAGAAUGGCAGCUCCGGUUCAUUUGAAAGUCAGUUAUCCCUCAACUUCUAUACUAAUGCCAAGUUUACAACCAAGAAAGAAGCCCCUUUUAUAGUUGAAACUGCAGACAUUGGUUCAGAUAUAUUUGCUGGAGUAGAAGCAAAGGGCUUAAGUGCCAGGUUUAAAGUAGUCUUGACCAAUUGUUGGGCAACUCCCUCAUCGGAGUACUUCUAUCAAAUCCAGUGGCCUCUGAUAACUAAGGGGUGUGCAACCGAUAGCUCCAUUAUAGUACAUGAAAAUGGGAAAGACAGCCGGGCUACCUUCCAGUUUAACGCAUUCCGGUUUCGAAAUGUCCCCAAGCUUUCCAAGGUGUGGCUGCAUUGUGAGACACAUGUGUGUGACAGUGAGAAGUUCUCCUGUGCUGUGACAUGUUCAAAACGAAGACAACGUAUGGAGCCAACAGGAGGUGUUUUAAUGGCAGAGCUCACUGUGAACAGUAGAGGUUUAUCCAGAAAUUACAACCUUUCAGCUAUUCUUUGCCAUUUAUUCCUCAUGCUUGGAGUCUGUGCAGUUUUACUAUAA